AUGUUCACCCUUCCACUCAUUCUGGCUGCUGGCAGUCUCCCCCUCAUUUUCGGGGCUCCAGUGCCUUACACUCACUCUAUCAAGUCAAAGGAGACUAUCACUCAUUCUCUCAAUGGACGCAGCACCGACUUGUACUCUGCGGUAUUCGGUGGUGACGGUUUGGUGUCGGACGGCUGGCCCGCCUUGGAGGAAUGGAUUUCUAGCUUCGACGACAUGUUCGAGAGCAACCGUGCAACCAUCAUGGAGAGCUGUGCUCAAUUUGAUGUGGACAACAACACCGACGAGGAGACCGAUAAUAUCAAGAGUGCCAUCGCCUCCAUCGCCGAAUCGAGCGGUCUGGACUCUCGCUUCAUCCUGGCGAUUGUUAUGCAGGAGAGCAACGGUUGCGUUCGUGUCAAGACCACCAACUAUGGUGUGAACAACCCUGGUCUCAUGCAGAGCCACGAUGGAACUGGCACUUGCAAUGACGGAACUCCUACCACGCCCUGCCCCCAGUCGGAGAUCCACCAGAUGAUCCUGGAUGGUGCCUCUGGUACUUCUGCGGGCGCUGGUCUGAAGCAGUGCAUUGAGCAGUAUGGCGGUACCGGUGACGCUACCAACUACUACAAGGCUGCUCGCUGCUACAACUCUGGUUCCAUUGCCUCCAAUGGUAACCUAGGCGCCGGCAUUGCUACUGGCUGCUACGUUUCUGAUGUCGCCAACCGUCUUCUGGGCUGGUCUACUGGAACUAGCAAGUGUUCGGAGAGCACCAUCGCCGAUUUGACUGGUAGCAAUUGGAGUGGUGGUCAAUCUUCCUCUGAAACCAGCUCUAGCGCCAGCGUUAGCUCUAGCACCAGCACCAGCACCAGCACCAGCAUCUCCACCGCUGCCUCGGAGUCCACCACUACCCCCGAGGCCGCUCCCACCGUCGUCGCUACCACCACUCCUGUCAUUCCAACCCAGGCUGCCGUGCCUACUACGGCCGCUAUCCCCACCCCGGCUGCCACUUCCAGUGCCACCUCCACCGUGACACCGAGCGCCGCCCCAUCGCAACCCACGGCCUCGUCAGCAGCUACACCAAUCUACCCAUACGCCACCACAUCUUGCACACAAUACACCACCAUCACAGGUGGUGAGUUCUGCGACUUUGUCAACACUCUCUUCGGCAUCAGCGCAUCUACGCUUCAAAGCCUCAACCCCGGUUUGGACAGCUCAUGCUCAAAUCUCUGGCUUGGAUACCAGUACUGUGUCAAGGCGUGA